ACUGUUUAAAAGGAAAUGGUUGCCAAGGCCUGUUACCUCCUCCUACGAGCUUCAGCCUCCGCUGGUACCAGUGUAAACGUGACUUCUAAAAUGAAGUACUUCUCCCUCGUGUUUCUGCUUGGACUGCUGGCUGCCAUGCUGGCCAUGACUUCCGCAGUUGAAGACGACAAUGCAGAGGCGCAUCUUCGAGUCCGCCGCGGUUUCGGCUGCCCUAUCAGCGACUUCUGCCACAAGCAUUGCUUGAGCAUCGGCCGCCGGGGAGGAUACUGCGGAGGCAAAUGGAAACUCACCUGCAUCUGCUACAACAAGUGAAAUGUUCCCACUAUAACGUGUGAAUAAAAUUAGCACGCGCAAGCGUGCGUAUACCAAGAUCUAUAAAAAAUGUUUCGAACGGCAUGAAACU